UAAAUCUCAAAAGGUCCCCACAAUCGCUCCUCCCUUCCUCUUUGUGACCCCAGCCAAGAAAAUCACAUCCCCCGGGGACAUCCGCAAAUUCCACGACUACCCAGCGUCUAAAAAUUAGCUAGGAUACAUUGUAGCCUUGUCAGAAUCCAUGUAUGGCCAUAAAAUCUUCAAUCCAUGCCCGAAUCCCCCACUAUCUCCAAGAUUGUUUCCGUUAUCGAAAUCCUGCGGGCUAUGGGUCGACCAAAUUCCACCCGUUCAACAAUCCUCUCGCUACGGCAACACCUCUUAUCGAACCUGGCAUGAACACCUAACUGAAAACGUUGAAUCCCUCAUGCUUCGGUUCCUCCCCGACGAUCUCAAACCAUCCACCGUCGAAAUCGUCCCUUAUUUCACUGAAAGAUUCGGUAACUCGAGCCGAAUCGACUAUGGGACCGGCCACGAAACCAAUUUCGCAGCCUGGUUAUAUUGCUUAGCCAGAAUGGGAAUCAUUAAAGAAAAGGAAUUACCACGCAGUGGUGGCUAGAGUUUUUGUCAAAUAUCUAGAGUUAAUGAGGAAGCUUCAGCUUAUUUAUUGCUUGGAACCUGCGGGCUCCCACGGGGUUUGGGGUUUAGAUGAUUACCAUUUCUUGCCGUUUAUAUUUGGGAGUUCGCAGUUGAUUGAUCAUAAGUACAUGAAGCCGAAAUCGAUUCAUAAUGAUGAUAUUUUGGACAACUUUUCGAGCGAGUACAUGUAUCUUUCUUGUAUUCAGUUUGUAAAGAAAGUGAAAAAGGGCCCAUUUGCCGAGCAUUCGCCGUUGUUGAAUGAUAUAAGUGAAGUGCCUAAUUGGAAUAAGGUGAAUACUGGGAUGCUUAAAAUGUAUAAAGCUGAAGUGCUUGAAAAGGUUCCUAUCAUGCAGCAUUUCCUCUUUGGAUGGCUCAUUAAGUGGGAAUAAUGUUUUAUGGAGACAAAUGGUAAGGAACCAAAGAGAAAGGUAGUUCCUCAUCCUGAUUUCAAUCAAUGGCACCCCAUCAAUCCAUUUGGUUUGUUCUUUCACCCCCUCCUUUCCUUGUAUUUCUUUUGUUUAUGAUAUAUUUCUUGUAAUGAAAGGCCAUCGGUUGUGUUGAAACACCCAAUGCUCAAAUGCAUGGGUUAAUGUUUUGCAAUUAUUUAUGUACAUCAAUUUUGGGUGGAAAAGUUGAAAGGAUUUUGAUAAGCUUAGGAGACUGUUUUUGAAAGGCACAAUGCUGUUGGCAAUAUCUAUUUAUGUUGAUUCAUUCAUUCAUUAAUUAAAGUGCAAAAAAGGAAAAUGCGAUA